AUGGCACCCAUCCAAUUCGGCAUCCUCAUGAUCCCCUACCAAAUGCUCGACGUCGCCGGCCCCAUCGACCUCCUCUCCACCUCCUCCAAAACCCUCAUCGAGCACUACGCCGCAGCCGGUUUCCCAGGCAUGGCAGGCCUCCCCGAGAAAGCCAUCGACAUCCAAUUCCACCACAUCAACACCACCAUGGAUCCGGUCCUCAUGAGCGCCAACAUCAAUCUCGUCCCAACCACCACGGUAGACGCCUGUCCGCCUCUCGACUACCUCUUAAUUGGCGGCCCUGACCCAUUGACUUUCAAGCUGGACGAAAAGUUUGCCGAAUUUAUCCGCAAGCAUGUUGAAUCUGGGAAGGGUGUGUUUACGACUUGUACUGGUGGGCUGGCGAUCUCAUCGUCGGGAGUGCUGGAUGGGAGGAAAGCGACGACUAAUCAUCAGGCGUUGGAGAUGGCUAGGCAGAUGAGACCGCAGGUUAACUGGGUGAAGGAACAGUGGGUUGAGGAUGGGCAGUUUUGGACAGCUGGGGGGGCUUGUGCUGGGAUGGAUAUGUUUUCGCAUUGGGUGGCUAAGCAUUACGCGCCUGAGGUUGCGGCGGUUGGUUUGGAUGGGUUGGAUUUUGAGCCGAGAGAUAUUGAGGGGAAGAGGGCUUUGAGAGCUGAGCAGGUUGUGUGA